CAGUUUCAUGGCUGAUUAAUACAACUAUAGAUGACAGAUCUAAUAUAACAACAUCCGAUAGUGACCUAAUCUAAAUAAAAAAAGUUGAAGUUUUGCAGUAUCGUAAAAAAUGAAAUGAAAAAACAAGUUAAAAUAUGAAACAUUUAAAGGUUCAAAAAUAAGAAAAGUCAAAUCAUUAUAAAAGUAACAUAAUUGUAUGAGGAAGAAAAGAAAGGAAUAUAUAGAAAGUUCAAUCAGGAAUUUGAAUCUUGAAAGGAGUCAAUAUAUAAGAUAGCGUAAAAAGAGAGGGAGGGAAGAGAAAUAUCAGAGAUCAAUGUACUUAAAGUAAAAGGAAGUUCUACAUUUAUAAAGGAAAUCACAGUUCAAAAUAGAUAAAUGUAGUAAGAAAAUUGGAAAUAUUUACUCCAAAUAAUAAAGGUAGCUAAUAGUUUUAUAUCAUUUAAUUAUUACGAAAUAACGUAAGAAAGGUAGUGAUGUAAGUAUAUUAAAUUAAAUUUAUAAGCGAAAAUUUAAAAAGGAAAAAAGGAGAAAAAGAAUACUAACAUAAAAAGAUGGGGAAAGAUCAGAGACUAAAGGAUCUUUACAAAAAAGAAAUUAAGAUUGAUUUUUUUUAUUUUAUUAAUGGAUGCUCAUAAAAAAUGAUAAAGUAUAAAUAGUAUCGAGCUACUUUGAGUUUGUAAUAGGAAAAAAGCUAAUAGUUCAAGUAUACAAUCAAAAUUUAGAAGAGGAAAAAAGAAAAAAUGAAUAUAAAAAUUUUCGGAAAAUGUCCCUGUUGAUUUGAAUAGAAGUGAUAUCAGAAAGAGAUCAAAUUCCUUUAAUUGUUAUAUGAAAUGUACAAAUAUAUGAUAUAAAAAUGAAUAUUAAUUUGAAAUUAAAAUUAAAUCUUUUUUAAUAAAUU